CAUUACAGAGUUACAGUUCUUUUCAUAGCCUUUUGGCGAAGCAAAAGUCGUCUGCUUUUAAUUGGAAACAAAACUCAUUCAAAUAGCUUCGUUUCAGCGAAGCAGACCAUCAGUUAACGAGGAAAAUUUUAAUUUAAAAUAUUUUCCCCCCACACAUUAACUGAUAGAGCUUUUUUAAAAGGUGAUGUUGUUUACAUGUAUCACAUGAGAGCAAAGUCCGAAGCACGUACAGCUACAACAAAAGCUAGUGACAAGCAUAAGAGUACGGUUCUUGAUUCCAGGAAUAAUGAGAAAUACAUUGGUGGAUCUCACUUUCGCUUCUUACUUGGAGUGUACUUUAUAAUCACAAGUAUCGUAGAAGAUGUGGACGAUUGCUUUCUACGCCUUAUUAGGAGUGUUGUCAGUGUCAACCACAGUGAUGACACUCCUCUACUUCUGUUACCCCAGCUUACUUAUAAGGCUUGGAUAUAAACUGUAUCGAUCAUCAUGUGGAAUGCAGGUAAAGUUUAUUGGUAAUGCAGAUACUGUCUUUUGCUAUGGGGAGAAAGGCAAGGAAAGCAAAGACAAGUCAAGCAUCCUGUUCAUUCAUGGAUAUACAGGGUCCAAGGACCAUUGGGUCCAGGCAUUUAAGAUGCUUGGCAACAAUCAUCACCUUGUUGCUAUUGAUCUGCCAGGACACGGGGCAUCAUCAACUCCCCCGGCUGAACAAGAGCUGACAAUUGAGUAUGCUCUCGAAUCAAUAAAACUGUUUGCAGAAAUGGUUGGUUUAACUGACAGACCUUUCCAUAUUGUUGGGGGGUCUCUGGGAGGUUGUUUGGCUGGAAUGUUUGCUGCUACUUAUCCUCACUUGGUGGAGCGAGUCACACUGGUUUGCCCUGCUAUGAAAACCCCAGAACCUAGUGAAUUCAUGAAGCAAGUAGAGCGAGCAGUGGAAAUAGGUGCUGAAAAUGUCCAGAUACAUCAUUGCAGUUUGUUGCCACAGACAACUCAAGAACUUCAACUGAUGGUGGAAAGCUGUGUGUAUGCUGACCUAAAAUUAUCCAGCCAGAUUCUCAAAGGAGUUGUGCAGUUGAGAACACCUAAGAAUGAGUUUUAUUUGAGAGUUUUUCGCAAUCUAGCUACUUUGGAGAAUCUGACAAUACUGGAAAACAACUGCCACAGAAUUAUUAUGCCAUCCCAAGUAAUAUGGGGAGAACAUGACCAGAUACUGCAUAAGAGUGGUGCAUACUUGCUAAGUAAAAAGUUGCCCAACUGUCAGGAUGUUACAAUCCUUGAACGCUGUGGUCAUUCUUUUGACCUGGACAGACCAGGGGCUUUUGUUAAGGCUCUUCUGAAGUUCAGAGAGGCAAAUCAAUAAACUAUAGUAGUGACAGAAAAUUAACUUAUGUAAAUGAAAAGGAAUUAAAACAGAUAUAUAAUUAUGUAUUUAUAUGUGUGUGUGUGUUUUAUUAAAGAACAGAAAAGAAGUACUUUUUGGUUUUGCUUUUGUGCUUUUGCACAGAGCUAAGCAGCCCGGUAUUUGUUGUGAAGGUUCACAGGUAAGGUCAUUUACUUAUGCAUAUGUAUGAGACAAUUGUUGAGAUUGUAACAAGUCUAAAGCCUUUGAUUAGGCAUGUAAAAUAUUAAAAGUUUUGUUUGGAUGAUAAAAGUAAAUGAUGGUUUAUAGAUUUCAUGACAAUGCAGUCAGAUGGAGUACACACAGAUAAGUGAUACAUAUCAUGUACUCAAUGAAGCCAAUGUGUUGCCAAAAGAAUUGUGUUGACAUUCAUCUGGUUAUGCUCCAGUUGGAACAUUUCAUGUAUAGCGCAUGAAAGUACAGAAUGACCUGGUGAGUCAAACAGCAGUGUGAUGAAAAGAGGGAGCAUUAGAUGCAGAUGAUAGUUAAUUAUUCCUUUUGCUUCCUUGAGAAGCAUAGGGCCGCAACAACACCUAACCAGCAGACCCGAUUUUGGGCAGCCCCCUUCAUUUGGGCCCAUGUGGUUCCAAUGUCCUUUGCAUCACUUUCUUCUGUUCUUUUCCACCUGCAGAUGAUAAGACCUAGUUUAUUUGACUAAGCCUUAUGUUUUCAUCUGUCUAAUGUCACACUUGGAUUAUUGGGGAGGGAGAGAGAAACUAAGUAUGUCAACAGCAUCUUUAUGCCAUUUAAAGCCUGCUGUUUUCCAGUAAUACUCUGUCAUAUGUGAGGGUUCAGACAUUAUUGGCAACUUUUAUAGAAGAUUAAAGAUUAAAUAUGGACUACACAUUAUUCUGAUCUCAGUCACCUGUGAUGAUGGUACUUUCGGCCCCUGUCAUCAAGUGGGCAAAUAUGCAGCCUGAGUUUUUAACAGUAGUUCAAACUGAAUAAAUAAAAAAGAAAUAAAUUACAUCAUGUGAGGAAAAAAAUUUUUUUGAAGAUUUUUCUGUUUUCUUGGCACAUUCCUUCAGAUUAAAAAAUAGUAUCUAUAUAUUUAUUGCACAGCUUGAAAUGAGUGUGGCAUAACUGAGGGACAAUUUGUAUGUCUCGCCAAAAGCUUUCAAUUGGAACAGUGAAGGAAUAUUUUUUACUUUGAAUAUUUACAAGUGUAUUUAUUAUAUGAAGUACUAUAAGGGGCAGUAAGAUCAGCUAUUAUUUAUAUUCUAUGUGUUCACACUCUUGGUCAGUCGAUUUUCUAAAAACAGCAAACAUAAAGUUUUAUAAAAUUUUAUUCUUAGUGGGUUCAUUGUCAGCCAUGUUGUUUUGGAUAUCUCAUGACAUUUAUUUUUAAAAAUGUAUUUGAUUGUUAAGUAAAAAACCAACAGCUGUGGUGCUAAACAUUUUCUGUGUUAAUUUUAUUUGCAAUGUUGUGUUUUUCCAAAGAAAAGUACUGUUUACCAGUGUGCUAUAGCCACUAUGCUUGUUUACUGUUUAAUUUAGUAUAUGUGCUAUGUUAAACUUUGACAGAAUUUUUUAUUUUGCACAGUGAUCAAGUUUUUAUAAUAAAUCAAUUAUUGCAA